AUGGUGGUAGACUCUUUACUUUUACUGGAGUUUGUGGGCGCAAACGCUAAUACGCAUAUCAAGAUGCUGACCUAUCAGAAGGAAUAUGUUGUCGAUGGUAAAGGGCACCUGCUCGGCCGGCUCGCGUCAAUAACUGCAAAGCAGCUAUUGAACGGCCAGAGAGUCACCAUUGUACGUGCCGAGGAAAUCAACAUUUCAGGGCCUUUUUUUCGCAACAAGUUGACAUUUAUGAACUUCCUUCGCAAGCGUUGCCGUGUUAAUCCUUCGCGCGGACCGUUCCACUUGCAUUCACCAAACCGCAUUAUCUGGCGUACCAUUCGUGGGAUGAUUCCUCACAAGACCCCCCGUGGUCAAGCAGCACUCCAGCGCUUAAAGGUAUUCGAGGAUGUUCCUCCCCCGUAUGACAAAAGGAAACGAAUGGUCGUGCCGAUGGCACUCCGCGUUCUUCGGCUUGCCCCUGGGCGCAAAUAUACAGUUCUCAAGCGGCUUUCAAGCGAGUUUGGAUGGAAAUAUCAAGAUGUUGUUUCCCGUCUUGAAGACAAGCGUAAGGCUAAAUCUCACGCGUAUUAUGAAGCAAAAAAGGCGGCGCGGCGUCUGCUAGCGAAAGCAGAGAAGGAGGUGGAGACACAACUAGCCCCUAUCAAAAAACAACUGGCCGCGUAUGGUUAUUAG